AUGGUCCAUCCAGCAAUCGCGAUCACUCUGAUGAUGGUCUCAGUUCUCGUCAUCUGCUGCACCGGUCAGCCCUUGGCAUCAACUCAGCUUACCAGGCGGAACGACCCGACGACGAAUAAAGUCCUCUUAAGACGAAAGAUUAAACCUGUCGACAUCAGCCGUGGCAUCACUGGCGAGGGUAGUGCUACCACUACUGGUACUAAGAGUGAUUACACAACUUUUGUAUCCCGACCCCAAGCCUUCUAA